CACCUUUCUGUGUAUCAUCGCGGCUUCAAUUGACGUUUGAAUUUUAUAGCGACUCACACUCCAACUGUAGUAAAUAUUUUUUCCGUAACUUCGCUGCCAAAGUUGGUCUUAUUUAAUCAAUUAAAAGAGUACAUCCAGUCCUAACUAUAUGCAAAAUUACGGCCGCAACAAUGGAUUUCUACGCUAGCAUCUGCCGGCUAUGCGAGGCAGCUCCAAAGAUGACCGACAAAUGGUCAGAUUUGUACGCCGCGAAAAACAAGCAGCUGAUCGAGAAAAUCCAAUCUAUCUGUAAAGUUAAGAUCAACAACCGAGAUAAACUUCCGAAACGGAUAUGCGACCGCUGUCGGAAUAACCUUAUGCAGGCUUACAACUUUAAGCUAAAGUGUGAACUAACGGAUGCCAAGCUGAGAAAAGAAAUUGAGUUUCUGAAAAAGAACAACUGGAAAACGGAAGAAGCUCUACCCCCGUACCACUGCGAGCGGCAAGUCAAACCGGAGAAAAUUGUCAACACAAAGCAGACAGAGGAAGCGGAGACAUUAUCAGAAUCAAUCGCUAGCGUAAUAGUGGUCGAACCGGUCUUCAUCAAAAGUGAACAAAAUGAGGAAUUUUCCGAAUCAGAACAGCUCGAUGAAACGAUGUCCGAUCUUUGCUCGACAAAAGUUGAGCCUCAGGAGGAAAAUGAUUCGAAAGAUGAUGUUUCUUCGGAAUCCGAUGAUGAUUCCAAUGACGCUGAUUAUUCGGAAGGCGAUGGCGGCUCAGACGUGAAACCACCGGGUAAGAAAGCUUUACGUAGCGAUCGAAAGAGUAAGACAGACAACACGGAACCGUCGAAUACAACUUGCGAAACUUGUGGGGAACAAUUCGAAAAGUCCUCGCAGCUGUACGCCCAUAACAAGGCAGUCCACGGGAAGCGGCGUUUCUGCUGUAAAAUCUGUUCCAGAUCUUUUUCUCGCCGUGUUCGGCUAGCGGAUCAUGAACUCCGCCACACUGGCGUACGCCAGUUCGAAUGUCCACAUUGCGACAAGAGCUACGUUACUCAAAGUGGGCUAAAGACCCACGUGGAAGAUGCUCACAGUGAGAACCUGCCAUACGUCUGUGACAAGUGUGGCAAGGGAUUUUCGAAACCCGGCAAGCUACGGGUACACUACAGUAUGCACAUCGAGUCGAGAAACUUUGUUUGCGCCGUAUGCUCCAAGGGAUAUAAGACUCAGACUCAUCUGAACAUUCAUAUGAAUGUUCAUCUGCCCCAGGACCAGAAAAAGGUACGCAGCCGGCGGAGCCGGGAGAAAGUUUGCAUCUGUCCUUUUUGCGGCAAAGUAUCGACCUCACUGGGAACGCACUCGAUGCACAUCCGAACGCACACGGGUGACCAACGAUACGAGUGUAAUAUCUGCUUCAAACGUUUCACCUCAUCCGGUUCGCACAAGAAGCAUCUGCGAGUCCACUCCGGUGAGAAACCGUUCGUUUGUGUGUACUGUAGCAAAUCUUUCCGCCAGAAGCAUCAUAUGACCACGCACAUCCGGGGUGUGCACACGAACGAAAAACCCUACCAGUGUAAGUUUUGUCCGAAAGCGUUUGCCACCCGGGGCAAUAUGACACUACACGAGCGUAGCCAUGGGGGACCGACGGCGGCGGUGGCAUCUGCGUUGGUCGUCUCAGAGUCAGCCGCUACAGUGUGCCAGCAGCUAAAGAAUGUACCAGCCGAUGAAGGAACGAGCGAACCGGAUCUCGAACGCAGUCCAUCACAUUCGUCAUCGAUGAUGACGUCGACACCUCCACCGAUGCUGAAUCCGGGAGUGAUGUUCGCUCCAGGUAUUACUGUACAUCAACCCCAAACGUUCUUUCAAGUUUAACAAGGUGUAGAAUUGUG